AUGGGGGCUGACGGACAGGAUAUCGAAGUUGGCGACACGGUAGACGUUCCGGGAGGCAUGCAUGGCACAGUCAAGUUCGUUGGUGCUGUUGCUGGGAAGAAAGGUGUUUUCGCAGGUGUAGAAUUGAGCGGAGAGUUCGCUUCCCGCGGAAAGAAUGACGGUGAUGUGGACGGUAAGAGAUACUUUGUAACCUCAAUUCCCGGCGCAGGUAUCUUUCUGCCUGUACAUCGAGCCACACGGCGAGCUUCUCUCACGGACUCGUUUCCGCCGACACCCACUACGCCUUCCUAUGCAAACUUCAGUAUAUCAACCACCGAAAAGCCCAGUUACAGUCCUCCGACCCCAUCCGUACCAAAAUUCUCCCAAUCAGUAGGUCCUGGAGCCCGGGCACCUAGCCCUGUGUUCAAACCGAAAGGCAGGCCUUCACUUCCUCGUCCAGAGUCUCCUUUCCGAAAGCAACCACAUUUGGCGCCUACCCCGGGUAGACAAGCACCAACGACACCUGGUGGAUUCUCUAAGAGCGCUAUAGGUCCGCCGAGAUUCAACAGCCCAGGCCCACGAGCUCCGGCCUUUCAGAAACCACGCACGCCCGGUCCAUCGCGCCCAUACUCUAGGAACAACUCGCGACUGGGUCAGCAUGAUACCAUUGAUGAGGACGGGGAGUCAACCCCCAUUGCACGUGGAAGCAACGGAUCGGUUGCGGGACCCAAAUCCCGCCGCCCAAUGUCUGCGCAGAAUGAAGAGGAGAUUCAGCGGCUGAAGACACUUCUGGAAGAGAGGGACAAGCAGCUGGGUGCACAGGCAGCAUCUCUGGCAGAGAUGGAAGCGAGCUUGGCUGAAAUUCAGAACCUCAUGCCGGAAGAUGGAUUGGAUCUUGGCCGUUCGCAUGAUAGCGGUGAAUUCAACGACGUCGCCCAACUACGCGCUGUUCUCCGUGAGAAGAACGAUAAGAUCGCCUUGCUCACGGCUGAAUUCGACAAUCAUCGAGCCGAUUUCCGAAGCACUAUCGAUACACUUGAACUAGCCAGCACUGAGACUGAACGUGUAUACGAGCGCAAGGUGGAGGAGCUUCAGAAUGAGAUCCGAGAACUCCAUGAGCGUGGGGAGGAUGUCGAAAGCGUAGCGAACCAGUUGAAGCAGCUCGAAGAACUUGUGCAGGAGCUUGAAGAAGGCCUUGAGGAUGCCAGGAGAGGCGAAGCGGAGGCUCGUGGUGAGGUAGAGUUUCUCCGUGGUGAGGUGGAACGAGGACGAUCAGAGCUUCGGCGAGAGCGCGAGAAGGCUGCAGCAGCUCUAAAGGGUGCCGGUGCAAUGGUGACCAGCCCACUGAGUCCUGGAUCACGAGACAUCGAACAGAGAGACGACGAAAUCAGAGGUCUUAAGGCCAUCAUCCAUUCCCUCAGCUCUGGGCCAGAUGAACAUAGCCGGUCGCCAAAGCCGCCCCACGCAUCAGCUGCGGAUGCCGACGAACUCAAGGCCGCCCAAGCGGAUGCCGAUCGCCUAGAACGCGAGAAAGAAGAGCUGAGAGGGCUUGUGGAGCGCAAAGCUUAUAGAGAAGAGGAGCUUGAACGAGAAAUCGAGAAAUUGAAGAAGCAGAUUGGAGCACCAGAGCAACGGGAGAGUGUCAUCAGCAACACAACCGAACGUACGGUUUUGCAGGAUAAGAGGUCAUCUGGUCGUGAUUCUAAAGGUACGGUCCUGAGCUGGAGAGAAUCGCCGGAGAACAAACGCCGUGAGGCACCUGCCGCACUGGAACCCAUGCUUGAGUCAGACGGACGUUCAUCAGCAGAUGGAAGUGUUCUGUGGUGCGAGAUCUGUGAGACUGGCGGCCAUGACAUCCUUAACUGCUCUGCCAUGGGUGGUGAUGGAGUUUCCAAGCCACAAGAGCAACCCAAGAACCAUCAGAAAGAAGUCGCUCUUGAAGCUCCGCGGGAAUUGUCUGUUGCUGCUGAGCGACCUGCUGCUCUUACUCCAACAAAGGCUCCAGGCAACGCACCAUCUGCACCUCUGCCUAUGCCUUUGGACACUUCUCUUGUUCCACCAAAGGGUUCAGCUGUAGCGGAUCCAGACAAGUGGUGUGCCCUCUGCGAAAGCGAGGGUCACGACGUGACGGCCUGUCCAAAUGAGGAUGCUUUUUGA